AUUUUAAACAUCUCAGAAAACAGAAGCAAUUUGUCAGAAAAGGCGAAUUCAGCAAAUGGUGAUAGAAACCUCUCCCUCUUCAUAUAAAAGAAUAUCUACACUUUUAACGUACGUUCAGGGUGGAAAUGUAACUACCACUACUCUUGCUUUGGUGUGCUUGCAUGAAGUACUUUCUUUCGAAGCUCCGUGUCUUCAAGCUCUCAUUGAUGGAAAAGCCAUCAAAUUAUUUUUGAAUGUCAUCGAGGCUAAUUUCUUGGGAGUCCGAAGGUCUCAGUUUGCAGCUCUGAGAUGUUUGAAGAAACUUUGCAGUUGCCGCGUGCUUCAAAAAGACAUCAUGAGUUCCAGAGGGGUUUAUUUGCUCUUCAGUUGCUUGAAUAACUCUGAUUACGAACUGAUGCUAUCCGCCGUACAAAUGAUAGCCGACAUUUCUGCUGAUUCUUCUUGUUGGGCAACAUCUCGUGAAUGUGGCGGAAUACAGAGACUUAUAGAUUUGUUAAGUGCUCACCAAGUAAAGCUAACCUGUACUUCACAGACCACCAAAAGUGAAAAUUUGAAAUUGAAGCUUACUGUAGCACAAUAUGCAGCCAAAUCUCUGUCCAUUCUUUAUAAAGAUGAGGAAAACCGAAGUGUAGCGAGCACACCAAGUAUCAUUAAUGUGUGCCAAUUUUGGAUUAGAAGUAGACAUCAAAAUGUCACCAUACCAAUUUUAAUUUUAUUGCAACAUCUUUCUUUAGAGGUAUCGUUCAGAAAGCAAGUCAACGUUUCUGGUAUGGUUCUUGAUGUCUUGCACCAUUUACGAUCCACAGACAUAGAAUUAAAGCAGGCAGCAGCGGAUCUCAUUCUUAUAUGUGCGGAUGAUCAAAGUACAUUCAAAUUUUUCUAUAAACAAGAAUUUGUUGCAGAAGUUUUCCAAAUGCUGUGUUCAAGUCAUGAAAAUGAAGCUCUUAUGAUUUCUCUAUCUGGAAUCAUUUGGAAAUGUUCACAAAUAAAAGUUUGCAUUCAACAACUUGAAUGCUUAAAUGCUAUGCCAGUCUUCACCCAGUUGUUGGAAAAUCAGCCAGUGCAGGUGAAAGCCUACAUUGUUGGAACGAUUGGAACAUGCUUUAAAAAUCCAACGUUACGAGAUAUGAUAAAGAAAACUAAUGGAAUUGAAAUAAUGGUGAGCUUUCUGCAAACGACUUAUAUACCAUUAAUAGUCAACUUGAACGAUGCUCUAUCAAAAGGUUCCGAAGAUCCAGAAAUUUUAGCUCAGUACCUUCAAUUGGAUGCUGUCCAACUUAUUUGGUCGUGCCUGAAAAAUUCUGAUUUUCAAGUACAGUCGAGUGCUGCAACUGCAUUAUGCACUAUUCUGAAAAAUAUGAAGAAUGCAAACUUGCAUAUGGAAAACUCUCUGGAUGGAAUUGAAUGUAUAAUUGAUUUAUUAGCUUCUAAGCGUAAAGAACUCCUGAUCCCAGCUUGUACACUCAUUCACAAUCUAGCUAAAGAUAAGAAUGCUUUAUCUGUUUUAGUCGAAUUCAAUGUUGCUUCACACCUGAUGCGGCUUAUGAAAACCAAUGACAAAAAGCUCCUUCAACAGUUAUGUUUAGCCGUAGCAUCUUGCUGCUCAUUCAAAAAAGGAUGUGAGAAAUUUGCAGAAUGUGGUAUUACUCCUGAGCUGUUAAAACAUCUUAGAGCAAAAAGCAAACCUUUAAGAAUUACAGCAGCGUCAGCUCUCUCCAGGAUAGCUUCACUACCUAAUUGGUGUUCAGUAGUUUCUCAAAACAGAAUCAUUCCUGUCCUCACAGAUAUGCUGUUGGAUGUAAAAAACAAGGAAGGCAAUGAAUCGGCAGCCAUGAUUUUGAGACAUAUACUCUGUAAUAUGAAUCGAGGAAACAUAAAACCCUUAUCAGCGUAAUGAAAAACGGAAGGGAAAAAAGCAUCAUUAAACUGUUUAUAGAAAUUUUUUCGUGGUCGAAAUGUGAAGCAGUUACCUUUUUAUGAAAGAUUUCGCUUGCCAUAAAAGCUAAAAAAAUCUUUUACAUUCCUUUGAAAUAUAUGGGUCAUAACGUGCGUUGAAGUAAGAUGUAUCAACAAAGUCAUAAAAUAUUAUUUCAGCUUUUGGAAAAUAUUCCAUGAUGAAAAAUUCAUAUCCAUUAGUCACUUCUUAACGUUCAACCGAAAAAGUACCAUUAAAUGCGGAAAAAAAAAAAAAAAAAAAAAAAGCCUUGACAAAUUUUAUGUAGUUACUGGAAAAAUUUAAUCAAGCUCCAAGUGUUUAAAACUUUUUUUUCCAAAUGAAAGACGAAAUGUAUUUAGGUGGCGUUUGCAUGUUUUUAUUUUAUAAAAGCAUGGGUUAUUUUUUAUUGCAGGCUGUCAAACUUUUUGGCAUUUACUGCUGUUUAUUCCAUAAUAAAUAU